AUGUCAUUCAAAUUCAUACCUUCCAAUGCCUUGACUCCUUUACCAAAAGAUAUCCCAGAAUUCCUGGCCCCUUAUCUACCAAGAUUAAUCGAUGAUAAAGCAUUCGUUACAUUGACCUAUGCCCAAUCAUUAGACUCUAGAAUAGCUGCUAAACCAGGUGAGCGUACAUCAAUAUCACACCCUGAAACAAAGACAAUGACACACUUCUUAAGAAGCCAACAUGAUGGAAUAAUGGUUGGAUUAGGCACUGUCCUUGCUGAUGAUCCAGGAUUGAAUUGUAGGUUUACAGAGAAUGGGAAUACAAGAACUCCAAGACCAAUUAUUCUUGACCCUUUUUUCAAAUGGAGCUAUAAAGGUUCCAAAUUACAGAACUUGGUGUUGAAAGGUGAAAGUCUGGAACCUUGGGUUAUAAUUGCUUAUGGAUUGAAUGAAGUGGAAAAAAUUGAUUAUUUAGAGAAGCAAGGUGGGAAAGUAAUAAGAAUAAGAUCUGAUGAACGUGGGAGAUUGUUAUGGGAUGAUAUUGUUCUUGGUUUGAAACAAAUGGGAAUCGAUUCAUUGAUGGUUGAAGGUGGUGCUAGAAUAAUAAAUCAAUUGUUGAUACGCCCAAAGAUUGUGGAUAGUUUGAUAAUAACGAUUGGACCUACAUUUUUAGGCGAAGAAGGUGUUCAAGUGAGUCCUCCACAAAGUGUGAAACUAAAGAAUGUAAACUGGUGGAAGGGAACACAGGAUACUAUUUUAGCUGCUAAUUUAGAAAACUCUGCAUAA